AAUGGUGAACCAACACCAAACAUCAACUGGACCAGAGUAUAUGACAAUGGAAGUGAUGGUGGUGUACUGGAAACUGGGAAUCAGUUUGUCCUUGAAAACAACAGAACAAACAGUGGAACAUAUCGCUGUACGGCAUAUAAUGGGAUAGGAACUCCACCAAAUUGCACAGUUACAGUAGAAGUUAAUUUUAAACCAGAGAUUAUCAAGCCAUUGGUGAAUGAUUCAACUGUCUGUGAAGGUGAUGUUAUUAAUAUUACCUGUUCAGCGGGCAGUAGACCUGCAGUGCAUACUUAUCAACUGUUUGAGAAUGGAGUACUAGUUGAUGGAAACAGCUCAGCUGGGGUGUCGAUAUUGAGGAGUGAUUUAAAAGAAGGAAACUUUAGCUACAGAUGUGUGGCUAAUAACACUAUUGGUACAACUGAGGAGACUGUCAAUAUCACAGUAAAAGUACCUUCUUCCAUACAAGUGAUACAAGAUCAGAAUGUAACAGAAGGCAACAAUUUGACUCUGACAUGUAAUGCAUCUGGAAUCCCUUCACCAAUGGUGUCUUGGAUUACGCCUGAUGGUCAGAGUGAAAAUGGAAGUGUGUUAAAGGUUGUGAACAUCAGAAGGAAUCAAACUGGAGCGUACAGAUGUGAUGCCAGUAACGAUUGUGGCAAUGCAACAGAGAUGGCAAGCAUUGAUGUGCAAUUCAAACCUGAGAAAGUGCUACUGACAACAUCUGCAAUGAACAAAACAGCCUGUCUGGGUGACGUCAUCAACUUUACCUGCUCAGCUGAUGCUAAUCCAACAGUGACCUCAUAUCAGCUGUUCAAGAAUGACAGUUCCAUUUUCGAUACAAGCAUGUCAGGAAUGUGGAAUGAGACUUUGGAAAUUGCAGGAGUGUUUUUCUACAGAUGUGUGGCAAAUAACACGCUGGGAUCAACACACAGUAAAGAUGUCAUGCUAACAGUCAUUGAUACUGAUCUCUAUCACAAUGAGGUCAUCUUUGGCCUCACUCUGAAUCAAAGGCUUGGCAACUUUAGAAGCACACAACUCAGGAAUCAACACUAA